AUGUGUUUUCUUGCAGUUCUGGAGGCUGGAAGUCUGGGUUCAGGGUGCUUCCAUGGUGAAGUCCUACAAGACGACGGAGCUCGUGGAUUGGUGUUCACUCACUCCUGCGUCACACCACCUCCCUGCGUUCCUGGGACAGUUCUCAAUCUCCCACCCCUGGCCCCUCACCCCGCGGGCCUCUCCUCUCCAUCUCCUGUGACUCUGCACCCCUGUCCGCAGUGGGGAGACCCUGGGCACGUGUGCUGGGGGAGGGGCAUGCUCGCCGUGUGUAUCAGGGCAAAGCAGUGGCCAUCCCAGCACCAGGCUGGCAGCACCUGGACACAUUCAGGGGGCACCUUGGCAGCUGUGUGA